UCAUGGAGUCGGUGAAUUCGUGAAACUCCGCGAUCGUGUGACGAAAGCAUCGAAGAGGAGAAAUACGAGGAGGCCAUCGAGGAGGAUCGGAAAAUUCGUUCGAUGGACCGAUAGAGAGAAAAGCGCGGACCGCGUAGGUGAUCGUUCUAUCCGGUGCAACGGGUGCUGGUUCCGUCAGAAUAAAGGCGACAUCCAAAGGACAUCUUGACAUCGUGGUUCGAAGAUACACCAUCAGCUAUCAUGAGGACGUGUUUGGUUCUUCUGGUGUCGGUGAUGGCAUCCGCGAGUGCAGCGUCUCUCCGCGACACCCUGAACGUCCGAUUGUUCCCAAUCGAGGAGGACGAGGCGCUUCCACUUUCUACGGAAACCGAGAUUGUCACUGUCAAGGACGCGACGAAUGAACCGGCAAAAAAGCAAUCAGAGAAGACCGACAGUGGAACGAACGACACGAAAGACUCGUCGUUUCUAUCCUCGAUUCAGAAUCAAGAUAAUCGAGCGGAAAGCAGUAAGCGUCCGAGCCAAGGGAAAGAUAAAGUGGCGAGGAAAAGUCGAAAGCAUAAAGCCAUUUUCGUUAACUAUCCUGUCGUCCAGCAGCUUCGCUACGACCUGCCGUACGACAUCGAUUACACCGGCAACACUUUCGACACCGAAGAAACAACCAUCCCCGACGCUGACAGCUACCAAGAGAGUAACAUAUUCUACAUACGCCUGCCGCCUACACCGUACAUGUUCGUUCCGGGCUUAGGCUACAUUUCUCAACCUCCCAGUUACACCACCUCGAAGCUUCGGCCGCAGAUCCCGUACGCGAGGCCAAGACCGAAACCGAAACCGAAACCGGCGCAACCCGUUAACCCGUUCAUCAAGCUGCCCAUAGAUUUCGUGAGCAACGGGAAACCAACGUCGGUGUAUCAAUGGCAAAAGAAGCCCGGAAAGAAACCGACCGACAGCCCGAUCACCAAUCUCGACAGUUUAUCAGCCGAGUUCGUCAACAACGGGAAACCGACGUCGAUCUAUCAAUGGCAAUCGAAUCCGAAACCGACGAAAAUAUCCGACGAUCUGGUGAACAACCUGGACAAAGGACCGUACGCGUUCAACGGUAAACCAACUAGCUACUUUCUACUGAAAUCUGACGGAACAUCCUCGCAAAGUCAGCCUCUUCGAUUCCCUGAUUACCAGCUAGAUAAUUCCUACUACUGAACGAGAGGAUAAACCCUGGUUGCUACCGAAACCUGGACAAAACACGGCUUCCUCGAGUCGUAGAAAUUGGCGACUCGAUCGAUGAAUGACGGGGUUGAAGCGGCUCGUACGAUAUGCUAAAUCUAAGGAUGGAACGUUGUUUCUCGAUGCGAAAGGAUGAAUGUUUUCAGAUAACACUGGGAUCCUCGCUGACUCCUGAUGGACGGUGUGUUAUUUAUCGUCUCGAUAAAGAAGUUGUAGCCGGUUGAACGGUGAUUUACGCGUACCGCGGGUUGCAUUACCAUGUUAGAGUAUAGGUUAUUAUUUCGAUGAUUACAGGGAAUUCGUCGAAAGACGGGGACUGUUAAAGGGUAGCUAUGCACCGAUGAAAAAGUAUCAUUAAGGCGCGACCGAUGAUCCAUUAAUACGUACCAUAGUUCGGCUCGAGUUGAAGGGCGAUGGCUAUUUUUUUUGCCAGACGAUUUUCCAGUCAACUCGCAGCAACUCGACGCGUUGCCAUGAGUGUAUGCUGAUUAAUUGACACGUAUGUUAUUAUGCUUGAUUUCAAUGAAACUUACCCCUCGGGAAGGACGUGUAAUUGCUAUUGUAACUGUAUAGUUUCUGUUCAUAGAUUAUCCUUAUUUAUACGUUGAUUAAUUAACUGUAGCUGUAUUUAUUUAGUUAAUUAAUCAUUUACCCAGAGAUGAAUUACGAAAAGCGGCAUGACGAGCAAUAAUUGCACGUUAAUUUCGAGAAAAUCGAACGUAUAUUUAUUUGUAAAUUCAAGUCAUAUUUAUAUAUUUCCUUAUCGUCGCGAUUAUAUCUAAGAAUCAAUCUUUUUUACAUCUUGUAAAUACAUGAGAAAUUGAACCAGAGAAUUUUUCU